CUCCCUGGAGGAGGAAGCGGCCCCCGAGCCCCCGUGGGAGAAGGACCCGUCUGGCGGGAAGUCGGAGCAGCCCCGGGCAGGCGCCUGCAGCCCGACUGCUGAGGACCCCACUCGGGCAGGCAGUGAAGGAGAGGGCAGCCACCUGAGCCCGGCCGGGCCACUGCCGCCGCUCCGCUUGAACUCCGAAGAACUGAUGAGGGACGUGGCGGGGAGGGACCGCUCCCUGGCCGGCGUGCUGAGCCCCGCCAUCGGGCUGGUGACUGCCGCCGAGCUGAUGGGCGACCUCUUCUCCCCAGGCGGGGGCCCCGCCUGGAAGGGGCAGGAGUGGCCCCUGCAGGCAGGAGGCCUGCCGCUUCCCCAGAGGCGCCCGAGCCAGCCUGCUUCCCCAGCCUGCGGGGGCGCCGUCAGCCCCACCUCCUGCUCGGCCUAUUACAACCUGUCCGCAGGCAAGGCCGAGCUUCUCAACAAGAUGAAGGAGCUGCCGGAGUCGGCUGCCACCAGCUCAGAGGAAGAGGAGCUUGACCACGACCUGGCUCAGAAGAAGAAGCAGCUGAUCGAGAGCAUCAGCCGGAAGCUGGCGGUGCUGCAGGAGGCCCAGCGGGGCCUGCAGGAGGACAUGAGGGCCAACGUGGCCCUCGGCAAGGAGGUGGAGGGCCACAUCAAGAGCGCCUGCAAGCCCCAUGAAUUCGAGAAGUUCCGCCUCUUCAUUGGGGACCUGGACAAGGUCGUCAGCCUGCUGCUCUCCCUCUCGGGCAGACUGGCCCGUGUGGAGAACGCCCUGGGCGGCCUGGACCCGGACGCCAUGGAGGAGAAGCUGGCCUUGCUGGAGAAGAAGCGGCAGCUGGCCGCGCAGCUGGAGGACGCCAAGGAGCUGCAGGAGCACGUGGCCCGGCGGGAGCGCCUCGUCUUCGCCUCCGUGUCGCGCUGCCUGCCCGGGGAGCAGCUGCAGGACUACCAGCACUUUGUGCGCAUGAAGUCGGCCCUCGCCAUCCAGCAGCGGCAGCUGGACGACAAGAUCAAGCUGGGCCAGGAGCAGCUGCGCUGCCUGCGCGAGAGCUUGUGCCGUGCGCCCCGGGAGCACUAGCGGCCCUUCCCGCUGGCGUCAGGAGGGCCCCCUGGCCCCUCGCUUCCCGCCCGUGGGGCAAGGAACGGCCGUGGCCAAGGACCGCCGUGCGGGCAACUGUGCCCCCCCUCCCCGCCCCUCGCCGGUGGGGGCGGCUCGCCGAAGUGCCCGUGGCCGGGUGACCGCGC